AAGCAUAUAGCAAGGCUGAAGGUGAGUAUAUAUAUGGUUUUGUUCGAUAACCGGAAAUUAAUUAUGAAUUAAAUGAAGUGGAAGAUAAAUAAUAAAAUAAUUUCAGUCCACGGACUGUAAAUUGCAUAUUUUAAUGGAAAUUUAUCUUCAACGCUUUGUUAUUGGGCGGGCCGCAUAUUGUGUAUAUAUAGAAAUGGGUUCGAUCCCAAGAAGUGACAUAUCCGUACUAAAAUCAAUUUGCUCAAUAGAAGCUCAUAUUGAUUCAGAGAAAUAUAGAGAGACAAAAUAAGGAAAAUGGAAGCACAAAGCUCCUCCAAUAAAUCCCUUGCAGAAAAUGGAGAAGUACAUUCUCAAAGUGACGCCAAUAUGUUGAGAGUGUUAAAAGCUGGCCAAAAUAUAGUGAAGGAAGAAAUUGCAAAGCAUUUUGACAUCAAGAGCCUUCCUUCUUCUGCAAAAUCAAUUCGAAUAGUAGACGUCGGAUGUUUCUAUGGAUCAACCACGGUCCAUGCAAUGAACAACGUCAUGGACGCUAUUAAAUCCAAAUACCAAUCCGAAGGACUCGAAAACCAAGUCCCCGAAUUCGAAGUGUUUUUCAACGAUCUCGAAUCCAACAACUUCAAUGCCCUUUUCAAGUUCCUACCACCAAAUAGAGACUACUUUGCGGCUGCUCUUCCUGCAUCUUUCUUCAACCCUAUACUUCCUAAGCAAUCUCUUCAUGUUGUUCAUUCCUCUAACUCUCUCAACUGGCUUUCCGAGAUCCCGAAAGAGAUCACGGAUAGUUCUUCGCCGGCUUGGAACAAAGGGAAAAUCCAUUACACAAAUGCGCAAAAGGAAGUUGUGGAGGCUUACUCUGCUCAAUAUGCUAAGGAUUUGCAGAGUUUUCUCCGUGCUAGAGCUCAUGAUGUUGCUGUUGGAGGUUUAAUGGCUCUUCUUGUUCCUUCGGUUCCCGAGAUCCAUCUCAGCUCCGAGACAGUCACUUGCUUGGAUUUCGUUAUUUUCGGAGAUUGCAUGAUGGACAUGGCUAAAGAGGGAAUAAUCAAUGAAGAACAAGUGGACUCUUUCAAUCUGGGAUUUUACUUCUCAUGUCCAAAAGAAUUGAAAGAGAUAAUUGAAAGAAAUGGUGAAUUUAGCAUAGAGAGCAUGGCAAAAUUGGAUCGUCCUACUUCGAAUGCAGUUCCACUUGAAAAGAGAGCUUUUAUCUUGAGAGCUGGACUUGAAGGUUUUUUUAAACGGCAUUUUGGAAGUGAUGAAGUUGUGGAUGAGAUUUUUGAUCGUUAUUCCAAGAAAGUGUUAACUUCUCUUCUUCAUUUACGUCCUGAUACCCAAAAAAUGGCCUUCGUCUUUAUCCUUCUCAAGAGGAAGCCAUUGAUUAAUUAAUUUUCCGCAAAAUUAAGUAAACGCAUGGUGGAUAAAAGUUAACGUGAUUCUCUUAUCUCUCUCUCUCUCUCUCUCUCUCUCUCUCUCUCUCUGUUUUUUGUAU